CACAACCGCCUGGGGCAGAUCCACAGCCAGGCACUGGAGGGGCUCGGGGCGCUGCAGGAGCUGGACCUCAGCAACAACCACCUAACCACGCUGACCCCCGAAACCUUCCUGCCCCUCACCAGCCUGGUCACGCUCGACCUGAGCGGUAACAGGCUGGGGGAGCUGGACCCCGGGGUGCUGAGCGCCCUGCCCCGGCUCCAGGCCCUCCUCCUGCAGGACAACCCCUGGGUGUGCAGCUGUGGCAUCCUGCCCCUCUGGCGCUGGCUCAGCUUCAACAGGGAAAAAGUGCAAGAGAAGAGUUUACUCCUCUGCAGAAUCCCAGAGCAGCUGAACAAGUAUCCGAUCAUGGCCUUCGGGAACGAGUCCUUCAGGCAAUGCCAGGAGACCUCCCUGUCUGCCCAGCACUACAUCGCCUUCUUGCUCAUUGGACCAUUCUCCUUCACGGCCAGCAUCUUCUUCUGCAUCUUCAUGGGCUCCAUCGUAGCUGCUUACCACAACCUGCGCAGGGAACCCUACUUCUGCAGGAGACCUCGUGCCCGCGGGCCCCGCCGAGACAGGGAGACCAGGCUUUAA